AUGGAGGGACAGUCAAAAUAUGAUAAAUUAAGAAAGAAGUACCAGGUAUUAAAACAGCAAGUUGGAGUCUUGAAAGAUGCACUAGAAAAAAGACAGUCAGAAUUGAAUUUACUACAAGUAUCCCAUAAAGAUUUACAAUCGAAACUUCAACAGAAUCUAGAAGAUCUAGAUGUAUAUAAAUAUAAGGAAAUAACAUUACUCCGUGAAAUAGAAGAAUUAAGCCUCCAGAUUGAACAAUACAAACAAAGUGACUUUAGGAAAAAUGACAGGGGAACUCCGUCGCAGCCCCUAACACGUAUAAGUGGUGGUGGAAUAUUAACAGGAUUCCUUCAAUCAAAUGGAACAGGAGGGAUUAAUACUCAAAUAAAGGACAAUAUAGAUAAACUGGAAAAUAGAAUUCAGUCACUAGAAGAAGAAUUGGAAUUGAAAAUACAAGAAAAUGAGGAAUUACACAUGAGGGAAUUUGAAAUUAAGAAGGAAUAUCAAAGCUUAGUAGAAAAAAGUGAGAAUAAACAGGAGCUUUUAAAUAAAGAAAUUCAGGAUCUUUAUAAUGAGAGAGAGGAUCUAAAAAAUCAUUUGAACAAUCUUAAGUGUAGAAAUUCACAACUAAGUGAUAAUGAAAAGGAUUAUAAAGCAAAGAUCGAAUCAAUUCAAGCUAGACUGAAUGUAUUUGAGGGAGUUCAUGAGACUAAAGUAAAAACACUAAGGAGUUUUAUUCAUGAUAAUAUGGAUGAAAUGUUUUCCGAAUUCCAGACUUGGAUACAUAAAAGAAAUUCUAGUUACUGUUUCAGAAAAGCAGUUCUAAUUAUAUUUAUUGAGAAAAAUAUAACUAAACUUAUAAGUAUUAUUCAAGAGUGGAGGAAAGCUGUCUUGUUUUAUGUAAAAAGUGAGAAAAUUAACGAAAUAAAUACCAAGAUACUUAAUAGUAUAUUAACAUCUUCUGAAUCCGGUUUAAACUCUUUGAUUAAGGGUUUUUGGUUUGAUAAAUGUACUGAAUUUGUAUGUUUUACUGAUGAAUAUACAUAUCUAAAACUUACAUGUUCAAGAGAUUUUUUUUCGGCUAACCUUAGAGAAGCUUUUGAUAAUAUACAUAAAGCUCUCCGUUUACAGUGUUUGAUAUUUUCAAGUUUUAAAAAAAAUACUGAGAAGCUUGAAUCUUUUGAAUAUACGAAGUUUGAAGAGUUAUUAUAUGUUAUAAGAAAACUUAUCUCAAACUUUAAAAGCCUCCACUGUUUAAUUAACUUUGUAUUCCAUAUUGGAGUUAACCCUGAUUUAUUAAGUUUGAACAGAGAGAAUUCACUUUCAAAUCUAUACUUGAGACUUUUAGAGUGCCUAAAUUUAAAAGAAUUAGAUGAAGAGUUUCCAGAAAAUAAGAAAUUAUGUAUAAACCUUAUAUUCAAUAUUUUGAAGACAGUAGAUAUAUUACCUAGUGACAUCUACAUCGAUGAUUGUCCUGUGUUAGAAAGGAUCUUGGAGAUCUAUAAACGAAUACUUGAGAUAGAAAAGAGACGUUUUAAAAUCCAUAAACGAGCUAUUGAAUAUUUAUUUAGGCAUAUAAGAUACAUAAGUGAUUUAUUUGAACAGUUGCAAUCAGUUACAAACUGGUUUUGUAACAAUUCUUCUGACAAAUACUUUGUUCCUUUAUUAAAAGAUAGUCCGGAAAGCCAAUCUAGCUUCCAAACAAAUCUCUCCCAAUAUUUAUUGUAUAUAAGUAAAGAAAUUAAUUCUAAAAAAGAUAUAGAACGUCUCUUUAUAAAUUUAUAUCAACCUUCUUCAGCUUUAUGUUGUUCUGAAAAGAUAUUGAGCUCUUACCAAAUCAUUAUGAGGGAUUCUCAAUCUCAGCUUUUAGAUACUCUUGAAUUAACCGAAAAUAAUAUACUUAACCUCAAUAAAACAGAUGAUAAUUUGGAGACUGAAAAGAAACAAAGUGGUAUAAUUAUUGAUAAUUUAAAAAGUGAAUCUCAGGAUCAUAUUGAAAUCUUAAAUGGUAAUUUAGAAAAUGAGAAUUUAACCAAGUUAGAUAUGAUUAAAAAAUCAAUUAAAAUUGAAGAAUAUAAUUCUGAAAAUUCUGAAAUUCAUUGUAACUCUAAAGAAAUGGAAUUCAAUAACUUAAUUUCAAUAGAUCCUCAUACUCAAGAAGUAUGUGAUUCACUACUCAAAGAGGCAAACGAAACACUGGAACAAACAGUGAAAAGAUUGCAAAUUCGAAUUCAAGAUCUUACAGAUGAUAUUGAUAUUACUAGAAAAUCAUAUGAACAACAAAUUGCUACCCUAAGUCAACAUACCUGUUCAAUUUCUGAUAGACUCAUGCAGGCUGAUGCUCUUAUCGCAUCAUCUCAUAAUCAAGAUAUCCUGUGUGGUUCAUGUGAUACAUGGUGUAAACUAGGUAUUUUAAUAGAUGAAACCAAAGGUAUAUGUCCUAAUUGCAGAAUCAGAAUAUUAAGGACAAAAUAA